AUGUCCCGACUGCACCACCCUGACACCCCCAGCCCAUGUCCCGACACCGCACCACCCCGACACCCCAGCACUGCCACCCGCGCCCCGACACUGCACCACCCUGAUACUCCCAGCCCCGCUGCCUGCCCCCUGACACCGCACCACCCUGACACCCCCAGCCCAGCCAUCUGUACCCCGACACCGCACCACCCCAACACCCCCAGCCCAGUCACCCAUGCCCCAACACCGCACCACCCCGACACCUCCAGCCCCGCUGCCUGCCCCCUGACACUGUACCACCCUGCCACCCCCAGCCCCGCUGCCUGCCUCCCGACACCGCACCACCCCGACACCCCCAUCCCAGCCACCCAUGCCCUGACACUGCACCACCCCAAUACCCCCAGCCCUGCUGCCUGCCCCCUGACACUGCACCACCCCGACACCCCCAGCCCAUGUCCCGACACCGCACCACCCCGACACCCCAGCACUGCCGCCCGCGCCCCGACACUGCACCACCCCGACACCCCCAGCCCUGCUGCCUGCCCCCUGACACCGCACCACCCUGACACCCCCAGCCCAGCCAUCCGUGCCCCGACACCGCACCACCCCGACACCCCCAGCCCCACUGCCCGCGCCCCGACACCACACCAUCCCAACACCCCCAGCCCCACCGCCCGCGCCCUGACACUGCACCACCCCGACACCUCAGCCCAGCCUCCUGCGCCCCGACAUCACACCACCCCAAUGCCCCGACCCAGCCGCCUGCAGUGA